GCAUUGCAAAGUUGAAAGUGCCUCCCUUAUCUUCCCCUCCCUUUCUACAAGCAGUUCAGGAAACAGAGCUUCCGUGUGAAAGAUGGCCGGGAAUUUGAUUCUGCUAGCUGCGGUCUCGCUUCUCUCAGCCUGUCAGCAAUUUUAUUUUGCUGUGCAGGUUGGAAAGGCAAGAUUGAAAUACAAAAUUACGCCCCCAGCGGUCACUGGGUCACCAGAGUUUGAGAGAAUAUUUCGUGCACAACAAAACUGUUUAGAGUCUUACCCCAUAUUCCUGGUCACGUUCUGGAUGGCUGGAUUCUAUUUCAACCAAGGUUUUGCUACUGUUCUGGGGUUGCUGUACAUGUACGCCCGUCACCACUUCUUCUCUGGAUAUUCACAAGCUGCUGCAAAAAGGGUCAUUGGUUUCCGGUUGAGUCUGGGGAUUUUGGCCCUGUUGACAGUCCUAGGCACCCUGGGGAUUGCAAACAGCUUUCUGGAUGAAUACCUGGACCUCAAUGUUGUCAAGAAACUGAGGCGGUCCUUCUAACCCUUUUUUUCCUCCCUGUCCCUUCAUGCCGGUCAAUGCUGUUUCCACCCUGAAGGUAAUAUGGUAUCACUUGUCAAAUAUUAAAAAUUCUAAAAAUUCUAAAAAUAAAUUGUUUAAAGUAAA